AUGUCCGCCUCUGCCCCCCUGCUCUCGCUCUCGGUGGCCAAGUGCCCCUCGUCCGACGCCGCCCUCACCAACAUGGUGUACCUGUCCCCGGCUGACGCUGCUGUCGUUGACGCGGCGGCGGGCAAGUCGCAUCUUGCUGGAGCACCGUCGCGGAACAUCCGCCUCAUCUCGCAGCAUGCUGGUCGCGGACCGUUUGUCUUUGUCUACGCCGCCGACCCUAAGAUUGCUGACGGAACCGUCGGCCUCUCGGGCAUGCAGCGGAAGACGGCGCAAGUCUCCAUGCGCGAGCUCCUGGCCGUCGAGGUCUACGCGCCCAAAGUGGCCGGCUCGGUCACGCUGGGCAUGAUCGAGCUCGAGGUCUCGUUCCGCAAGAAGACCGACGCCACCGACGAGGAGCUCAACACCGACGUCAUGUCCGCCGGCUUCCUCCGCGACUUUGUGGGUCAGGUCUUCACCGUCGGCCAGGACGUGCUCCUCGACUACCGCGGCAUCAUGCUCGUCCUGCGAGUGGCCGACCUCCGCCGCGACGGCGCGGCCGACGCUGCCGGUCGCCCGCCGCGUGACGGCCUGGUGGUCGACGCGACUCAGAUCGUGUUUACCUCGUCGAACGACUCUGCGGCCCGGGUCAAGCUCUCCGGCGACGCCGCCGCCGGGCCGUCGCUCUUCAAGUCGGACUGGAACUUUGAGGAUCUUGGCAUCGGCGGGCUCGACGAUGAGUUUUCGUCCAUCUUCCGCCGUGCCUUCUCCUCGCGCACCUUUUCGCCGUCGCUCAUCAAGAAGCUCAACAUCCGCCACGUCAAGGGCGUCCUCCUCUACGGGCCGCCCGGCACCGGCAAGACGCUCAUGGCGCGGCAGAUCGGCAAGAUGCUUAACGCGGUCGAGCCCAAGAUCGUCAACGGGCCCGAGAUCUUCUCCAAGUACGUUGGCGACUCGGAGAGGAACAUCCGCGAGCUGUUUGCGGACGCCGAGGCCGACCAGGCCCAGUACGGUGACUCCUCGCCGCUGCACAUCAUCAUUUUCGACGAGAUGGACGCCGUUGUCCGGCAGCGCGGCUCGCGGUCGGGCGACACAGGCGCCGGCGACCAGGUCGUCAACCAGCUCCUCUCCAAGAUUGACGGUGUCGACGAGCUCGACAACGUCCUCAUCAUCGGCAUGACUAACCGCAAGGACAUGCUCGACGAGGCCAUCCUCCGUCCGGGCCGCCUCGAGGUCCACAUCGAGGUCUCGCUCGCCGACUACGAGGGCCGCAUCCAGAUCUUCAACAUCCACACCAAGUCGAUGCGUGAGAAUGGCCUCCUCGGGACCGACGUCUCCAUCGAGGAGCUCGCGGCGGCGACCAAAAACUACACCGGUGCCGAGAUUGCCGGCGUCGUCAAGUCGGCGUCUUCAUUUGCCCUCUCGCGCCACGUUGACGUGGCAGGCAUGGGCGCCGGCGCCGCCGCCGGAGGCGACCCGGCCGACACCCUCCGUGUCACCCGCGACGACUUUCUGCGCGCCCUCGAAGAGGUCCGCCCCGCCCUCGGCUCCUCCGACGAGGACUACAAUCUCAUUAUGCGCGCCGGCAUGAUCGAGUACGGCCCGGCGUUCGCCGGCCUCAUGGACGCCGCCUCGCUCCUUGUCCAGCAGAUCAAGCGCUCGGCGCGGACCUCGCUCGUCACCGCGGUCAUCGCCGGUGCGCCCGGCUGCGGCAAGUCGUCGAUCGCCGUCAAGCUCGCCGCAGACUCGGACAUUCCCUUUGUCCGCGUCAUCUCGGCUGACAAGUUUGUCUCGCUCUCGGAGCUCUCCAAGUGCGACCGCAUUGUCCAGACCUUCCUCGACGCCUACAAGUCGCCGGUCUCGGUCCUCAUCAUCGAUGACAUCGAGCGCAUUCUCGGCUACUCGGCGCUCGGCGCCCGCUACUCCAACCCGGUCCUGCAGACCCUCAUGGCGUACCUCAACAAGCCGCCGCCCGAGGGCCACUCGCUCAUUGUCUUUGCCACCUCGUCCUCGCUGCAGGCCCUCGAGGCGCUUGGCCUGCUUAGCAUCUUUGAUGGUGUUCUCUCCGUCCCCUCGCUCACCACUGGCGCCGAGGUCACCGCCGUCCUCGACGGCCUCGACGCCUUUGAGCCUGCUGCCCGCGCCCGCGUCGCCGCAAACUUCUCCGGCUCGGUCCCUAUCAAGAAGCUCAUCAUGAUGGUCGAGAUGGCGCGCGAGGCCGUCAACCCGGCUGACAAGUUUGAGGAGCUCCUCCUCUCCAACCAGCUCGACGGCAUGGUCAAGCUCAACUAACACACACACGCACGGCCC